CCCCAGGACGUCGCCUGUCGGAGGAGCUCAGAUAGAGAGAGAGGAAGUGGGGGCGCGUGACACGCUUCUGUUUGGGGAAAACAGCUUUCGCAAUGUCUGAGAUUUGGGAUUUAACUACCAGCGGCGUUUAUCUGUUGGGAGGAAGAAUUGGACAGAAGCUGUCACGGAUCUGUUCUCAGCAGCUUCUCUGGGUUUGAAGACUCUCCAGCUCCACGCGCCCCCUCGGCCGAUGGGUUAGGUGUCAGCGGUGGCUCCAAUGGGCCUCUCUCUCUGGCCUCUGAGUCAGCGGGCUGUGGGUUCGAGUCCCAUAAGACCAUCAGACAUAGGAGCAGAAAUUAGGUCCUUCGAUGAGCUGCAUGUACUAGGAGUCGAGAAUGUCUCAAGACCUCAUGACUGUUUUGCGCUUAGACCCUGAGCCACAGCUUGGUCUAGGUGACCUCCAAGUGUACGAGGAUGAAAUUGAUCAUAUCGAAUGGGAGGAGACCACAGAGGAGCUCCACAGCCGCUAUCUACUUGUCUAUAACAUCAAACCAUUCAAAGAGCGGAAACGACAAGUGUUUCUGAAGGGCGUGCCCGUGACGGUUCAUAUUGAAGGCACUGAGCGUCAUCUUCGUGGGUUUAAGGUUCGGCCAAACACAGUUUAUAUGAUGAGGAUAACACACGGAGACUUCACAUGGAUGGUAAAGAAGAAAUUCAAACAUUUUGAAGAACUACAUCGAGAUUUGUUGAAGCACAAGUUCAAAAUUCGGGUCAUUCAGCCCUUAGCCAGACUGGCAGCAACUCAGGGACUUAGGCGGGAGCCUGGGGUUACCAUGACGAUGCCUGCCCUUCCUCACCAGCCAGAGUGGGCCUCCAUGAGGCAAGCUUCUAGUAAACAGAAACGCCUGGAAGACUAUCUGAACAAACUGCUCGAGAAAUCCUUCUACAGAAACUAUCACGGAAUGGUGACUUUCCUGGAUAUAAGCGAACUGUCCUUCAUUCAUGAGCUGGGUCCAAAAGGCCUGGAGGGGAUGAUUGUGAAGCGUUCCGGAGGACACAGGAUUCCCGGCUUAAAUUGCUGUGGGCGGCAUAAAGUCUGCUACCGAUGGUCAAAGAGGUGGAUUGUCAUUAAGGAUUCCUUCCUCCUCUACAUGAGGCCUUCGAAUGGUGUCAUCUCCUUUGUGCUGCUGUUUGACAAGGGUUUCAAUGUCCAAGUUGGAAGCAAGGACACAGGCACAAAAUACGGAGUGAUGAUCGAGAAUUUGUCCAGGACUCUGAUCAUUAAAUGCAGCAGCUACAGGCAGGCUUGUUGGUGGAAACAGGAAAUAACUAACUUAGCCGAGAGACACGGCCAGGACUUCCUCGCAGAACAUCGCUUCGAUUCCUUUGUUCCUGCCCGCCAUGACAUCCUGGCCCGAUGGUUUGUGAAUGGCAGUGGGUAUUUCUCUUCUGUCGCUGAUGCUUUGGAACAAGCCAAGGAGGAGAUUUUUAUUGCUGAUUGGUGGCUGAGCCCGGAGAUCCACCUGAAAAGACCAGCGAAGGACAACUACUGGCGGCUGGACGUGCUCCUGAAGCGCAAAGCGGAACAAGGAGUGAAGAUUUUUGUCCUGUUAUACAAGGAGGUGGAACUUGCCUUGGGCAUCAACAGUGAAUACAGCAAGAGGACUUUGACAUCUCUCCAUUCAAAUAUCACGGUGAUGAGACACCCAGACCACGUCUCGUCCACGGUGCUGCUGUGGGCCCACCACGAGAAGCUGGUCCUGGUCGAUCAGUCGGUGGCCUUCCUCGGAGGGCUGGACCUGGCCUACGGGAGGUGGGACGACCAGGAGUAUCGCCUCACGGAUGUGGGCAAUGCCGAGCUGGCCAAUCCCACGGUAGACCUGGUCAGUAAUCAUAAUGAGGCAGAGCCUCUGGAGAAGUUUCCAGAGGGUGAGGGUGCCUGGGUCGAGGAACUGAAGGAAUGUCGAUCUCACUGCCGGGCGGACUCAACAGACUGCGGCAUCGGUGGACAGUUCUGGCUAGGGAAAGAUUAUUGUAACUUCAUUCAGAAGGACUGGGUGGAGUUGGACAAGCCUUUUGAAGAUUUCAUUGAUCGAAGCUCAACUCCACGUAUGCCAUGGCGUGAUAUUGGCGUGGUCAUCCACGGGGCAGCAGCACGGGAUGUGGCACGGCACUUCAUACAACGAUGGAACUUCACCAAGACUGUGAAACCCAAGUACAAACCCUCAUGCUAUCCUUAUCUGUUGCCAAAAUCCCACACCACCACAGACAGACUUCCGUUUGUCAUUCCAGGCUCUGUUCCAGCCAAUGUUCAGGUCCUCCGAUCAGUGGAAUGUUGGUCUGCAGGUUCAAGUGAACAUUCCAUCUACAACGCCUACCUGCAAGUGAUCCGAGACAGUCAGUAUUUUGUGUACAUUGAGAAUCAGUUCUUCAUCACCUGUACUGAUGACGGCAGUGUCUCUAACCAGAUCGGAGAUGUUAUUGUGGAAAGAAUUCUCAAAGCACACAGAACAAAGAAGAGAUUCCGUGUGUACAUCGUCAUUCCGUUGUUACCUGGUUUUCAAGGAGACAUAACAACCGGUGGUGGGAAUUCCAUCCAGACUAUCCUGCACUUUACAUUCCGGUCCAUAUGCAGAGGUGAAUAUUCCAUCGUUGAACGUUUAAAAAAAUACAUGGGGGAUGAGUGGGUGAACUACAUCUCAUUCUGUGGACUGAGGACUCACGCAGAGCUCAACAGCAGCCUGGUCUCGGAGCUAAUUUACAUCCACAGCAAGAUGAUGAUCGUAGAUGACCGACAAGUCAUCAUAGGUUCGGCAAACAUCAAUGACCGCAGUAUGCUGGGUAAACGGGACAGUGAGAUGGCUGUUCUUGUGGAAGAUUCUGAGAUGGUGAAGUCUGUAAUGGAUGGUGAAGAAUAUCAGGCAGGAAAAUUCGCCCAUCGCCUUCGACUUCAAUGUUUCAAGAUACACCUUGGACUUGCCGAUGACCAGAUGGCUGAUGUGGAAGACCCGGUUAGUGAUCGGUGUUUCCAGGAGAUCUGGAAUGCUACAGCUACCACCAAUUCAACCAUUUUUGACCAGGUUUUCAAGUCUCUCCCCUCGAAUUCUGCUCCGAGCCUGGUGGAGCUGCGAGAGUUUUUGUCCGCGCCUGGUCUCGUGAUCUCAGCUCCCGAGGAAGCCCGGGUGAAGCUGAAGAGCGUCCGUGGCUUCCUGGUCCAGUACCCCCUCUACUUCCUGUGCGAGGAGUAUCUCCUUCCCCCGCUCAAUAGUAAAGAAGGAAUGGUUCCAGUGGAGGUUUGGACUUGAUGAGAAUCAGACGGUUUUCGGCUGACACUACCAGCGGGACUUUCUUUCCCCCUUCGUUCAGUUUGGGAUUUCUGGACCAGUCUUAACUCUCUCUCGCAAAUCUGAACUUCUCAUUUGUUAACAUUUUUAAUGGCUCAUUUUGACAGCCAAGUGCAAGGAAUGGACACAUUAGAGAGGCUUCCAGGACGGCCAAUGUGUUGACUGAUUGGAGAGUCUUCCCUUGGUUGGAAUUAAGAGACCUUUAGUCUCACCUCUGCCAGCUUCUGAUCACCAAGUUGUGUUUUAUGGGAAAUUUUGGAACUGAUGAAUCACGUGAGGCAUUUCGUAUGUUCCAGGGUGUCUGGAAAGCCUGGAAAAGCCAAUCUGGCCCCAAAGGCCUUGAGAUAGGAGAUUGGUUCUGUUCCUCAGCGUCAUCACAAUUUCUGAUUUUUCUGCCUGUUCCUGCUUUAUAAUGUCAUUUUUAUACUGUGCGUAUGUUUUUUUUAAUUAACCUCUUAUUAAAUCACACACCUAAAGGUGAGAAGAUUACAGGAGCACCCUCACCAGGAAUUCCUCAUCACCACGGUAGCCACUUAGAAUUUCAACAACCUCUGGGUGGUUCAGGUCUUACCUGAGAUUUGGAUUAGGUGCUGUUCUGCCGGGCGUGACAGAGAGUUUGAACCUUUGCAAAUAUGAACGUUCACGUUACCUCACAGGGCUGGUCAGAUCUUAAAGCACAUCGUCUUCCACUCACAUCAGUCAUUAUGUGAGGCAGAGGUGUCUUCCAGAGAGCACUGCACUUAGUUCCGUGUAAAGGUAACUCAGUUUGAAUUCUGGUUUGAAAGGUUCGUGGCUACUCAUUCCAUGGUGAGGAACCAUUUUUGCAACCAAUAUUACAGAACUUUGGUGUUACAUUUUAAUCAAAGAUGAUUAGUUCUGGUUAGAACAGGAUUCAAGAUAUUAAUAAAACAGCUGGAAUUUU